GCCGCUCUAGCCCGGCGCCCGCGCGCUCCGCGCCGCUGGGGCUCUAUGGCGGGGGCCCCACUCUAUGGUCGCGGCCCGCCCUGAGGCGGAACCGGGCCGGCACCGGGGCCGGCACCGGGCGGCGGCACCGGGCGGCGGCUGCGGCGCUCCCCACGCGCGGCCCCGCGGGGCUCUGAGCUGAUGAUGGAAGAGGUGCACAAGGGUGGCAGCAGCAGCUCUGUUCCGUCCCAGCCCUCAGCUGUACAAGGUACAACCCUGCAGGCAGCUCAGCUCUCUCAUAUUGCUCAACAGAUGUCUCUCAGAGGUUCUGCUCCCCUCACUGUGGUUCAGCUUCCUGGAGAGCAAGUCCAGGUGCAGGGGGUGAUUCAGACAGCUCAGUCCUCCUCUGUGAUCCACUCCCCUCAGGUGCAAACCGUGCAGGUAUCUUCCCUGUCUGAGAGUGAGGAUUCCCAGGACUCCUCAGACAGCAUUGGCUCCUCACAGAAGGCUCGAGGCAUCUUGGCUCGUCGUCCAUCCUACAGAAAAAUUUUGAAAGAUCUUUCUUCUGAAGACACACGGGAUAGAAAAGGAGAUGAGGAAAGUCCUGGGGUCUCCACUGUCACCUCCAUGUCUGUCCCCACACCCAUCUACCAGACAAGCACUGGACAGUACAUUGCCAUCGCUGCCAACGGGCUGCAGCUGCCGGGGGCAGACGGGGUGCAGGGGCUGCAGGCGCUGAGCGUGGCCGGCGCCUCCCAGCCCGGCACCAUCCUGCAGUACGCCCAGACCUCGGAUGGGCAGCAGAUCCUGGUGCCCAGCAACCAGGUGGUGGUGCAGACUGCCUCUGGGGACAUGCAGACCUACCAGAUCCGCAGCACGGCCAGCAGCUCCUCCCUGCCCCAGACCGUGGUCAUGACCUCCCCUGUCACCCUGACCUCCCAGAGCAGCAAGACAGACGAUCCCCAGCUGAAAAGGGAGAUCAGGCUGAUGAAGAACAGAGAAGCUGCCAGGGAGUGCCGUAGGAAGAAGAAGGAAUAUGUGAAAUGUUUGGAAAAUCGAGUGGCAGUCCUGGAAAAUCAGAACAAAACUCUCAUUGAAGAGCUAAAAACUUUGAAAGAUCUUUACUGUCAUAAAAGUGUGUAAGAAGAGAAGAUAAAAACCUUUGGGGACUGGUGAAAUAUCAAGAGGAGAAUUUUUUUUUUUUAUACUGAAUUUUUUAAACUAGAUGAAAGGUCAAAAAAAUGAAACUUUUCUACCUAUAUUUCACAGCUCAAAGACUCUAUAGAUUUUCUUUACAACAUGUUGGUGACAAAGUACAAACAGGAAACAAGAAAACCUCACCAAAAUUCCUGCUGGCACAACUGGAAACUGAGAAAUUCAAGAUUGCAGCUACAGAGGAAGGACAGUCACACGUGGCAGGGCAGGUGAUGAGAGUUUCUUUGAAAAUUCCUUUGACUAUCUCUGAUAAGAGAGGUGAAAUUUGGUUACAAAGAAAACAUGGAUGAAACAGAAUCCUUGCCAUAGCUGCCAUUAUUAGUAACCUUUAUAACCAGUGUAUGUUUUGAUUUCUUACUCUUUUUCAAGCCUUUUUCCUUCAGUUAUUUGUCUGUAAAUAUUUUUAUUUUAACCUGUAAGUUGGUAUUUACAGGUGCAGAUGAUAAAAAAGCUGAUACUUUGCUCGAGGUAUAAAUUAUGUUUUUACUCUUUCUCAGAUGACAAUUGAAAAAGUUGAGAUGAUUUUUUUUUUUUCCAUGUUUGCUGUGUUUAUCAGAUUGGGGAAGGAUCUGCAGAAGGCAGCAAGAGGUUUGGUCCUGGAAAUGUCUGAGGCAGGGAAACUUGUGUUGAUUUUCUUAGAGAAUUCAACACAUCAGUGAUUUUAAAGCACAGUGGGAGGGACAAGGACUGGUGACAAAAGUUCUGAAGAAAUUCUGAGAUUAAACUUCGGAAAUUUUUUAAUUUUGCAAGAGUUUGUUCUUAGUUCUGGGCAUGAGAAACAUCAAUCAUUGAAAAUUAAAUUGUGUGCUGAUCAUAUCUAAAAUUAACCACUCAGUGCUUGUCCUGGCCAGGGACUCUCCCAGGCUUUGGAACAUGAAACCAAAUAGAAGAAAAAUGAUGUAGUGAAAAAUGGAAGAUCUAUACCAAAGGGUUUUGAGGUUCUAAUCUCUGGUUUAUUGCUGGGAGUAGAAAAUUACAAUUUCCAGCCUAAUUUUGUAAGGUAGGAGCUAUUUUGCAAAGUAAGGGUGUCUUUGUAAGCAAAUUCUAUAUUGCAAACAGGGAGAUGGUUGGUAUAUUUUGUAGCUAAAUUGUGAUCUUUACAAAACCUGAAAUUGAGUUUCUAUACGUAUUUUGACAGUUUAUAUCUUUCAUUUUAGUAACCAAAUGAAAUAUUUUGUGAACCAGAUUUUCAAGGAUAUAUUUUUAUGGAUAGUACAAAGUCAAAUGAGAUCCUCUUUGGUGUAGGAGAUACUUGAAUUAAUUUUGUAUGUCUGUAGGCAACUUGCAGAAAAAAAUGGAUCCUGAAGAGUAUUGGGGGGGGGGGAAAGAGAAAAAAAAACAAAAAGCAGAUGAGGGCUUUUUACUCCCCAGAGUUGACAGUAUCUGCACAUUAGAUCUCAUUGUGUCAGAGUCCAGUUUGUACCAUUUUAAUUUGUUUCAGGUGAAAAUCAAAAGUUUGAAAUGACCAGGACACUCUACCUGGGGAGUCUCCAUUCUUGGAGACCCCCAGAGCUGUCUGGCUGUGGGGCUGGUGGCCAGGGCAUGGUCCUGGUGGUCAGGAUGUGUCCCUGAUGGCCAGGGCAUGGUCCUGGUGGCCAGGAUGUGUCCCUGGUAGCCAGGGCAUGGUCCUGGUGGCCAGGGAAUGGUCCUGGUGGCCAGGGCAUGGUCCUGGUGGUCAGGGAAUGGUCCUGGUGGUCAGGGAAUGGUCCUGGUGGUCAGGCUGUGUCCCUGAUGGCCAGGCUGUGUCCCUGGUGGUCAGGCUGUGUCCCUGAUGGCCAGGCUGUGUCCCUGGUGGCCAGGCCGUGUCCCUGGUGGCCAGGCCGUGUCCCUGGUGGCCAGGAUGUGUCCCUGGUGGCCAGGCCGUGUCCCUGGUGGUCAGGCCGUGUCCCUGGUGGUCAGGCUGUGUCCCUGGUGGUCAGGCUGUGUCCCUGGUGGUCAGGAUGUGUCCCUGGUGGUCAGGAUGUGUCCCUGGUGGCCAGGCUGUGUCCCUGGUGGUCAGGAUGUGUCCCUGGUGGCCAGGCCAUGGUCUGGCCAGGUGCUGGGGGUGACUGCAGUGCUUCUUGCACGAGCCAUGAACCAUUUCCAAGGCUGGGAUUGAAUCCUGCUCCCAGUCCUGUCCGUGGGGAUCUCACCAUGGGCUGGGAGCUCCCUGUGUGCUCAGCUCUGCUGGGAUUCCCAGCUCCGCUCCCUCCCUGGGCGUGGAACACUUACCCAUGGUCAGCCAGUGCUUUUGAUUUUUUUGGAAUUACUGGACUUGUAGCAGGCAGAGCUCUUUGCCAUGAGCAAUCUGCAUUCCACAAUCUCCUGGUUAGUGGGCUAGGAAAGGAUUUUUUUUUUUUCUCUGAAGUUCCCAAGUGUCUGAUUGUUGUGGGCACGAUCCCAGUGUGUUUCCUUUAGGCCAGGCUGCAGUGAGACUCCUGGUCGUCACCACAUCAGAAAAAAAAGUUUUGUGGCACAUCAGAAAUAAGGUUGGGGAAGUCCAAACCUGAGGGAGCUGCUCCUGGAGAGGUGUGGGUGUUUCCUGUUCCUCUGGUGGAAUUUCAGGCAGCUGGAGCAGCCUGGAACCUCAGAGAGCUGGACCUUGCCUCAGCUCUGUGACCUGCAGCUCUCAACUGCUCUGGGAGCUCUGUGCUAGCUCAUCCUCACUGUGUUCUCUUUUUUUUAUUAUUUUUUUUUUCUUUUGUAAUAUGGAACAAUAGUAAAAAAAAACUACCAAGUGUUAAGACUGUAAAAACCUGGUGGCCAAUUCUUGUAUCCAGCAAGGGAAGCACCUGUCCUGCCAGACACACCAGGAGUCAAUUUUUAUUAAAAUCAUGUCUUGGAAGGAACAGCUGGGUUUUCAUCGUGGGAAUAUUAAACAGUAACACAAGUUUGUUCUUUAAGCACUGAUUAUGAAGUUCUUAGUUUGGAUUUACUUUCAAAUCUCAGUUUUAAAGAGUAAAAUCUCAUUCUUGAGGGCAAGAGAUGCAGCAGCUGAUGUUGGUUCCAAACAGUCCGUGCUUUCCAUGAAUUGUAAAUAUUUGUUGAAACAAUUAAUGGUUGCAAAUUUUGAUCUUGGUAAAUAAAAUCGCUAAAAUAUUAUAA